AUGCCUAAUAAGUUUCGUGAGUAUUUUUUUGAAAAAAAAACCCAAAAAACUGUUUUUUCAGCACUUUUUCAUCCGUUUUCCAGAAGACUUCAUAUAAUUUUACUAUGUAUGGUCGGAUUUCUGUGUACGACUUUCAUGCGAAUCCAUUUCGCACUAACCAUGACUUGUAUGGUGAAUUCGACAGCGUUGGCUGUCAGAAAUGAGGCAGCGGCGGCGGCGGGAAAUUCAAAUUUCUCACUUGUUGAGGAGAUCGAUUUAGUGACAAAUGGUCAGUGCGGAUCAGCUGAAGACACUGGUCAACAGAAAGUUGUAGUGGAUUAUGGGGGUGACCUAGUCUGGACCAGCUACGAGCAAAACCUAAUCUUCUCUGGAACAUUCUGGGGUUCUCUGAUUACCGUACUCCCCUCGAUGUUCUUCAUCGAGCGAUUUUCGCCACGUCAUGUUCUCCAGCUAGCUGUUGCUGCAUACAUCUUGGUUACAGUAAUCACCCCAUUCCUGGCCACACAUUUCGGAUAUUUUUCAGUCUUUUUGGCUAGAGUUGGGAUGGGAUUAGGCGAGGGCUUCAUCAUCCCUACCAACAAUGCAAUAAUCGGAAAUUGGUUUCCAAGUGCUGAAAAGAGUACAGCACUAUCGAUUUUUACACUUGGAAAUCAGAUUGCGUCGGCUGGUGGAAGUCCUGUGGUCGCUGCUCUUUGUGCAUCCGAUUUAGGGUGGCAGGCCACUUUUUAUUUUGCUGGUGGGCUCGAACCCGCGACCUCUAGAUUCAAAGGCAAAAGCGUAACCAUGUCUACCAACGCACCAACUGAAGAAAGGAUAAUUAUGAAGCGAAACAGGUGCUCACUGGAAGAAAUUAUGCGAGACGCUGAAGAAAAAGUGUAUAAAUGGCGAAAGGAUCAGUAUGAUCUCAAAGUUGACGGGAAAACAGAAUCGGGAAAUAACGAAACUUUCGGAAUUGAUUCAAUUGUUGCCUCGGGCAAUGAAGAAGAUGUAGGAGAGAGGAACAGUGACGAUGGAACUUUUUUGACUGACAGAAGUGAAUUGAACGAGAUUGAAGAAGGAGAGACACGAAACGCCUGGAGGUGUCAAAGUAAUCAAGAUUUGCAGAGAAUCUACUUUCUUGUUACCACUACCAGAAUCCUUGCCACUAUUUGGUCCAUUAUCUGGUUUUUUACUGCUUCGAGCCACCCAUCUAAAGUGAAAAUAAUGACUAAAAAAGAAAGAGAAUACCUAUUAGCUAAUACAAUGAAGAAAAUCAAUAAAUCAAAGAAGUCUCCAUCAGUCCCUUAUGCCAAAAUCCUAACGUCUCCAGCGUUUUUGGCGCAACUCCAGUGUCAAUUUUUUGUAAAUAUGGUCAUGACACUUUUUCAAAUUUAUCUUCCCGCCUAUUUCAAAGAGGUUCUGCAUCUUGGAGUUAUUGCUAAUGGAACAUUCACUUCUAUUCCCAACAUUUUUAAUAUGAUAUUCAAGAUUGUUUGGGGUAUUGGAAUUGAUAGAUUAAAGGAGAUGAAGAUUUUAAGUAACACUGCGGCGCUAGCUACGGUGGCGCCUUCACUCUAUUCCUUCUCGCUUUCUUCGUUGACUGCUCCAACCCAACUACUGCUCUUACUAUCCUAUGCUUUAUGUACUCUCAAUGGGGACAUUUGUCAGUGGAUUCUACACUUCAUUGCUCAGCUUAGCGCCACAGUAUACCGCAACAGUGUCUGCGAUUUCCAUGUUUUGUGCGAUGAUUGGGAGGUUAUCGACACCAGCGGUGGCGAGUUUGUUGAGGAAGGAGGUUUGUAG